AUGAGGUCAAGGAAUAAUAAUCGACAAAAUGAGUUGACUCAGAGAGAUGAGGUUUCAGAAAAGCUGCUUGGUGGGACUUUGCCAUUCAAAACCUCAUCAGCAAUGCAUCCUUACCAAGUAAUUGACUUGUUCAAUGUCUGUUUCGAACAUAUUCUUAAAUCACCUAAUCUCCAAGAACAUAUUCAACAAGUGAAAGGAGACUUGUAUCGACGAGACUAUCUAGCAGCAUUCGACAAUGAUGAUAAGCGUUUUGCCUAUGCUUCGCGCUGGACGCCUUCUAGAGCAUUGGCAUACUCUUCGCUAUUUUCUAGUUUAGAACCAGUUAACAAACUUCUUGGGGAUGAGCAUGCAAACAUCAAUGUUUUGUGCGUCGGCGGUGGUGCAGGUUCAGAGCUUGUGGGUCUUGGCUCCGUAUUUUCUCGAUUAAAGGAGUUCCAUCCAAAUUCUGAUUCGUGUAUGAAUGUUGAAAUCGUGGACAUUGCAGAUUGGGGGAAAGUCACGACAAACGUUGCCUCAUACAUGAAAUCCAAUUGGGUACACCGAAACGAAUGCUUAAAUUCAAAAUUUCUUUGUGCUGAUAUUUUGGCCACCAAUCUUGAGCUGAUUGGUAUUGCAAAUAUGGAUCUCGUCACAUUGAUGUUCACCACAAAUGAACUUUUCUCAGAAAAGAGAAAGGAUACGGUAAAGUUUCUACUGGCGUUGAACCAAAAUUGCAAACCGGGAUCUCUAUUGUUGAUUGCAGAAAGUGCUGGGUCCUUCCUGAAUAUUAAAAUUGGUGAGAGACAAUUUCCAGUGCAAUUUUUAAUCGAUACUAUUUUGGUAGGAAAGCCGGGUGAUUCUGGUGAUAAUACAGGUGCUUGGGAUAUUAUUUCGCAAAGCGAAAGUAUCUGGUAUAGAAUAAUGGAAAGAGAAGUAACAUACGAGCUCAACCUUGAGAAUAUGAGAUUUUUCUACAGAUUGUAUAGAAAAAAAAAAAGAACUUGA